AUGAAGUUUGAUAAUUUUAUUUUUAAAUUUGUUUUGAUUUAUUCGGUCUGCGUUGGCUUGGCUCAUGCCCAAUCUGUUUUCGGUCCCUAUCCAGGCAACGGACAUUACUACCAAUUAAUUUCAUAUGCAGGAUCAACAUAUGAUGCUGCUGUUGCAAAUAUUAAUUCUCAAGCAGCCUACCAAACUUUACAACCAUAUUUGGCUACAAUUAAUAAUGAAGAAGAAUUCAACUAUAUUACCAGUCAGAUAACCAUUGUUCCAAUUGCCUCCAAAAGAAUUUAUGUUUCUGGUAUUUUCGAUAGUGGUUUCUUAAAAUACAAUGGUAACGCAAUGGAGAAAGGAUCAUCAAUCUAUUCCUAUCCAACCGCACGUUGUUUUACCUUCUGUAAAUUCGCCAACGAAUAUCCAAGUGCUGGAAGUGCACAGGUGUAUUUGUCUUUGAACAAAACAGGAACCGUAUGGGCUCUGGCCACAGAAGACUUUGUCGCCAACAGCUACUAUUUGGUUGAAUACGGUGGUUUGAAAGAACCAUUGAUGGCACCACCACCAUCUGCCGGUGGUCCAGUCACCAUUUCCAAUUUCGUUACCAGUGAAGCCGGUGUAGCUUGGAGUAUUAACAACGUACAGGUUUUCAAAGAUGGUGUUUCCCUCCCAAUUAUCACCUACGGUACAAAUCUCUUGGUUGUCCAAUGGCCAGCCGGUGUCAACAGAUAUGACUUGGUAAUAACCGAUAACAGAACUGUUGGUGCACAUCCCCAAUUCAACCUUAAAAGCACUCACUAUGAUAUGCCAUACAUUACUACUUUGUAUGCCAAGACUUUCACUGCCAACUCUGUCAUCACUCUCAAUGGUGGUAAUUUUGGUACCGAUCCUUCAGUUAUCACUAUUAAUUAUGGUUCAACCGCUGCAGUUUGUGGUUCAGUUGCUAUUCUUGAAGCACACAAUUCCAUCACAUGUAAAUUAGGAACCGCGACAAACAAAAAUACUGUUACUCUCCUUCCAAUGACCGUUGCAGUUGGUUCAAAUAACUUUGUGUACACCACCAAUAGAAUUCCUUUCUAUGACUAUAAUACUGGUAGAGUUAUUCAAAUUUUCCAAGAGGCUAAAGUUAUGUACGGUGCAAGCUCAGGCUCGACUGACGCCUCCUUCAAUUAUCUUGGAUAUCAAAGAAGAGUUUUCAAUUCAAAUUACAUUGAUAACAACUAUUGUUCAUUGGGAUAUGUCCUAAAUGAGCCACAAUCAGAAACUAUUCUCAACAACAUCAAAUUGGAUAACGAAAUUUUCAUUGCUGGAUAUGCACCUGGUAGCACUUUUAAAGUUACCGCCAACGGUGGUCCCAAUGAUGGAUCUACAUUGAUUAGCUCAAUUGGAACUGGAGUUUGUACUAAUACUACUAUGUAUUGUCCAAACCCAAAUUACCUUACUGGUGGUAUGUAUUUCGCUACAUAUGCCAGAGUUAUCUAUUAUGGACAGCUCACUGGUCAAGGACAAUCCUAUAAGGCUGGUAUGUUCUUCCAGUGUGGUAACUAUCCAGCUGCCGCUGCUGCAAUCACCUACUCUGUGGACACUGCAGGUGGACUCAUAAACUUCGCAACUCUUAAUGGAUGUGGUUUCAAAUACUCCACAAGAUCGUUCGAUCUCCAAGCCGUCAACUAUCCAGGAAUCGCCAAUAUCUAUCAAAUUGGAAACACUACUCUCGGUCUCAAUAUUCCAGCUGGAACCGGUGCUAACCUCCCUCUCACUGUUUACAUUGAAAACACUCAACUUAAAAACGCCUUAAUCUCAUACAAGGCACCAACUAUCUCUUCUAUCACCCCGGCUCUUACCAGCUUUGGUGGAACUAUUAUUAUCACUGGUACCCAAUACGGUCCAAAUGUAAAUGGUAUCUCUGGUAAAUGGGUCUCUGGAUCAACCACUUUGACUUGUCAAUCAUUCACAAUGGUUACCGCCCACACCCAAUUGAAAUGUACAUUGGGAGGAGCAACUGGUUCAGGUGUCUUUACCUUGACUGUCAACGGACAAAUUGUCACCUUUGGAUACGCUUUCUCGCCACCUAUCAUUCAAAGUGCCUCUCAAUCUGGAACCACAUUGUCGCUCAAUGGUAUUGGUUUCGGUUUGACAACAGCAGGUGUUACUUCUUCACUAUCAAUGACCAGCACAUCUCUCACCACCGUUUCCGAUCCACAAACAUACAGUGGUACCGUGCCAUCCAAUACCAAGAAUCAACCAAUCACUUUUACAGUUGCCAGUAUCAUGUCUGCACCAUACUACUUAACUUUCCAACCAUCGUUGUCAUCUGUUUCCAAACUCUCUCCAAACGCUGUCAGCACUAUCAAUAUUGGUGGUAACUUCCUCCAACUCACUCGUCUCAACAAUACCGUCUGUGAAUCUUCGAUUCUCAUCGAUGGUGUCACUCCAUGUACCUCCCCACUAUCUACCACCUCUGGAAAUGGUUUGAGUUGUAAUGCACCAGCCAUGACCGGUACUCACAGCCUCACUGUAACCAUCGACGGUAAGACAUCUACUCCAAUCCAAAUCGUUGCUAACUCGCCAUCUGUCUCAUCGUAUGUCCAAACGGGAUACAAUAUCGUUAUCACUGGUACCAACUUUGGAUUGGGUACCGCUAGUGCCACUGUAUCGAUUGGUACUUACACCAUCACAACUGGUGUCACUGUUACCUCUACAACCACCAUCACCACCACUCUUCCAUCGAACAUUCGUAACGACGUACUCAAAGUAACCAUCGACGGUUUGCCAUCAAACACUAUCGAUUUCAAGGCUACUCCAACCAUCACCUCUACCUCACUCGUUAACACAGUCGGUGGUAACUUGGUUAUCACUGGUACCUACUUUAACAGUUUGAAUGGAGGUAAUAACCCAGUCACCAUUGCUGUCUUGGCCAACGGUCAAACUUGCGCUAAUCCAAGCGUUACCAUUGACAAUACUGAAAUUACUUGUACACUCUCAGCCGGUACUGGAUAUAAUCUUCCAGUUAAAGUCACAGUCGAUGGUGUCUCUGCCAACAGUGUAUUUGCUUUCAAAGCACCAUUAAUUAACUCUGCCAGCUUAAACAAUGGACAAAUCAUUAUUACUGGUACUGAUUUCGGUACUACCAAUAAUAAUGUCCAAGUCUCAUUCUCUGGUGCCUCCAUCCCAUUGGCCUCUAUUUCAUCCGAUGCCACCACAGCCUCAUUCAACAUUCCAACCAACGCUUUGAAUUCACCAAUCGUUUUAACUGUUGCCGGACAAGCUUCCAACCCAUACCCAUUCACUUUGACACCAUCUUUGAACUCUGUCUCACAACCAAAAGCUCUUGGUGGACAAGUUCAAAUCAGUGGUUCAUACCUCUCCACAAAGAACUACGAUGGAUCAACCAAUGAUUUAGCCGUUACUAUUGAUGGUACAACCACAUGCACCAACCCCACAGGAACCUCGAGCUCACUUACUUGCACUGUUCCAGCUGGUUAUGGUACUGGUCAUUCCAUGGUUGUCACCAUUGGAUCUUUAACCUCCAACAGUCUCCCAUUCGCUUAUCAAGCACCAACCGUCACCUUGUUCAACCAAUACAACACUCACACUGUCAUCAACGGUACAAACUUUGGUUUGGAUACCUCUCAGGUAUCAGUUGCCUUCGGUCAAUCUCAACCAGCUGCUCCAAUCAACUUGUAUUCCAGUCCAGAGUCAAUGGAAAUUGUUAUUCCAGAGUUCACCAAGAACGGUAAAUUACAAGUUACUGCAGGUGGACAAACCUCGAGUCUCUUUGACUAUAAGCUCUCACCAGUCUUGGAAUCCGUUACUUCUGUUGGUUCCAGUGGUGGUUUAAUCACAAUCAAAGGUCACUUCCUCAAUGUUGAAACCGACGAUGGAACUCCAACCACCAUCAGCGUUACUCUUCUCCCAGAUAUCGAAUGCACCGGUGUAGCCAAAUUGGAUGACACAACCCUCAACAGAAUCACUUGUACCUUACCAGGUGGAUCUGCCGAGAAUCUUCAACUCCAAGUCACAAUCGAUGGUCUUUCCUCCAUAAUUGCUUUCAGCUAUGGUGCUCCACUUAUUCACUCGAUCACCGUUUCACCAAGCAAUCAAGUCAACAUCACAGGUGAGAACUUAUUCAACCUUCAAAACUCACCAAUCGUUAACUGGGGUAGCACUCUUCAAUUCAGCACUGUCACUACCUCUGGUAACUCUGUUAUUUUCACCGUUCCAGAUGGUACCCUCGGAGAUUAUGUCGGUGUAACCUUGAAGAAUAGAGCUUCCAAUACUUACUUUGUUUCACUCUACCCAAUUAUCACUUCAAUUACUGCAUCAAAGACCAGCGGUUCUGAUGUCGUCGUUACCGGUACCUAUCUCAAUAGCUACAAUGCCGAUGGUAGCUCCACCAAUGUUACCGUUACCAUCGAUGGACAACCAUGUGACGUCGUCGCCGAUCAAUCUACCAACGAGAAGACUAUCACUGCUCCAUACGGUGUAGGAUCCAACCACGUUGUUGUAUUCUAUGUCAAUGGACAAUCCUCAACCAUCAGCACUUUCAACUACAUUGCUCCAACCAUUACUGCAAUCUCUCAAAAUGUAUCACAAAUCACAAUUACCGGUGACAACUUUGGUAAUAAUACCGGUGCCAUCGAGUUACCAUCGGGUGUAACUCUUGACAGUGUUACCCAUGAUACUGUUAUUGCUCUCCUUCCAGCAUCAUACAAAUCAGGUACAUUCAACGUUAUUGUUGGUGGACAAACUGGUUCCUCUGCAUUCGUCGUCACUCCAUACAUCACUGAAUUCACCAGUGUCAAUGCCCUCGGUGGUGAUAUCACUGUCUCUGGUCUAUACUUUAACAUUGACACCCAAAAUGGCGAUGCCACUGAAAUCAGUGUAAUCGUUGGAACACAAAACUGUGCCUAUGUAAAGAACAUUGCUGACACUAACAUUGUCUGUACUCUUGGAUCCCAUGCUUUCAACCACAAAGAUAUUCAAGUAACAAUCGAUAAUCAAUACAAUAUCAUGUCAGGUUACAGCUCUUUGCCACCCACUGUUCUCUCGGCAACCGGUCUCACCUUUGGUACUGCUGGAACUGUCACAAUCUCUGGUAUUGCCUUUGUUGAACCAAUCAACAGCGUAAGAAUUGGAGGUACCGAAUGUACAACCGUUGAUGUUGUCGAUUCUAGCCACAUCACCUGUGAGUUCUCAGCAGAUGUUGUAGGUUCCUCCGUUAUUGGUCUUGAAGUAGUCGUUUCCAACGCUGGAAUUGAAGGAUCUGCCAACGUUUUCCUCUACAGCCAAUUGGAUUGCUCAAAUCAAUGUGUCAACGGAACAUGUACCAACGGUUAUUGUGCUUGUGUAGUUGGUUAUUCCGGUCAAUUCUGUGAUAUUGCAGUUGCCGAUAUUGUCCAUCCCGCCUCCCCAUGGAAUCCAAUUCAAAUCUACCAACAAUUCUUACAAAAUCAAUACUUCAUUUCUGGACUUUCCUACGUCCGUGAAGUCAACACUCAAACCGGUAGCGUAAUCAACUCAAUCAAUCUCAUGGAUAACUCAUUCACUUCAAUUGGAAACGAUCAAUUCCAAACCUCUGAAGGUAGUGUCACUGUCACCGUAACAAUUACAGUAUUCAUAGCCGAUACUACUUCCUAUAACUUUGCUGGUGAACUAAUGGCAAUUCCAAACGGUGCAAUUAAACACUCCGUACAAGUCACCGGUUGGCAAUUUGCUGACCAAUCCAAUUCACUCCAGGUUGUCUACAGAGCAAGUGCCCCAGAAUCAGUCGCAUACAACUGCACAACCUCUCCAUCUACAAUCACUUCUUCCGACCCAGCUACAACCAAGAUGUCACAAUCAUUCUUGCUUGACACUGAAGCUGGAAUCAUGUAUAUUUCAGUCUCAAAUCGUGCAUACAUUGACGGUGGUGUUGGUUACGUAUCUGCUGUUUCAUUGCCCAGCUCAGGAUUCCCAGCAUCUCCAAACACCAACAUCCUAUACUAUGCUAUUCAAGUCCCAGCUUUCGCCUCAGGUGUAACAGUCGAUCCAACCUUUGUCGCCUACAAUAAACCAAAUCUUGUUUUCCCCAACUGUCCAACACCAACAACAACUGGUAACACACCAACAACUAACACCCCAACAACUAACAAUCCAACUACUUCAACCACCGGUAACAACCCAACAACCUCAACAACUGGUAGCAAUCCAACUACCUCAACAACCGGUACCAACCCAACUACUUCGACAACCGGUACCAACCCAACCACUUCGACAACUGGUACCAACCCCACUACUGGUGACUCAACUACCGGUACCAACCCAACUACCGGUAACACCCCAACCACUGGAGAAGACCCAACUACAUCAACAACAGGACUCUCAUCAGCAUUCAAACUAACACCAUCAACAUUCAGUGUUAUUCUUUCAUUGUUGGUAAUCUUAUCAAUAUUCUUUUAA